AUGAUUGUAUUGAGUCUCGCCGCCUCCGAGGACGACCUGCAGGGGGCUCUCUCCACCUUCUCCCUGGCGACGCGCCUCGAAUGUGAGCUCUCCUCGCUCCAUGCCGUCGUCAUGGCGAUGCAGGACGACGAGAACUCCGCCUCUCGCGAUCUCCAAACAGUCAACGCCCGCUUCUUCAACGUGACUGAGACGUGGCAGACGGGCCUGGCCUCGUCAUGUGAGGCGCACGCUGGAGCCACGGACCGGGUGAACGAGGCCGUGCAGAGGGCCCGGGCGCUGGACGAGAGGCUGGAGGACAGCACCCGGCGGAACACACACGCCAUGGGCCACACCGAGGACGAGGAUGCCAAGCGGACCCAGGACCAGCUGGACUGGAACACCAAGCACCUCCACAAACUGGAGGACCAAGUCCGGAGCCUGCUCCGAGUAGAUACCGAGUUAGUUGCCCAGCUAGAGGAGCACAUCUCCCGGGCCCAGCAGUGCGAGGCUCACCUCCCGGCUAUGGAGGAGGCAGUGCGAUCCAUUCUGAGGCUGGGGGGGGGGACAUGGGAGUGGCGGAGCGAAGGCUGGAGGAGCUCACACUGCAGGUGUUUGGGACAGAGGACAGCAUGCUUAAAGCCCUGAC